AGUUGAUCGUCAAGGAGUUACAUAACCUACCUGUGACAUAACCUGUAAAUACCAUGAGAUAGAAUUUCCAUUUGUUGGCAUUUUGUUUUUUGUUUCUAUAAUUUAGUGUAGCAUUUUGUUUCUGUAAGUGUGGCAUUUUGUUUUUAGUUUCUAUAUAUUGUGUUAUUGCUUUGGUUGGCUUAUUACUAUGGAAAAUCAUACAAAUUGUGGUGAUGCAGCUACCUUUCCUCAAGAUGGUCUCAGCGGAGCAACACUUUUCGGAAACGGCGAAGGAUUAACCUACAAUGAUUUUAUUAUUUUGCCGGGAUUUAUCAAUUUUACUGCCGAUGAAGUGAGCUUGACAUCAGCGCUAACUAAAAAAAUUUCUUUACAAACUCCUUUGGUUUCAAGUCCCAUGGAUACAGUUACCGAAUCCAAUAUGGCUAUUGCUAUGGCACUAAGCGGAGGUAUUGGCAUCAUUCAUCACAAUUGCAGUCCAGUUUACCAGGCCAAUGAAGUACACAAAGUGAAAAACUACAAGCAUGGGUUCAUCAGAGCUCCGGUUGUCAUCAGUCCUGAUAACACAUUAUUGGAUGUGAUCAAGUUGAAAGAAGAGCAUGGUUUUAGUGGAUUUCCAGUUACACAUAAUGGCAAACUAGGUGGCCGUUUAGUUGGAAUUGUCACAUCCCGGGACAUUGAUUUUCUAGAAGAUAAGCAGGAUAAAAAUGUGAAACUAGACUCUAUCAUGACUAAAGUAGAAGAUAUCGUUUCUGCAAAUUCGGAAGUUACUUUGGAAGAGGCAAACAGUAUUUUAGAAAAGUCGAAAAAGGGAAAACUUCCUAUUGUUAAUGAUAAUGGAGAACUGGUUGCAUUGAUUGCUCGAACUGAUCUGAAAAAGUCUAGAAACUAUCCGAAUGCUUCUAAAGAUGAAGAUAAACAGUUGCUAGUUGGAGCUGCUAUUGGAACCAGAGCUGAUGAUAAGGAACGGUUGAAACUUCUUGUCGCCGCUGGUGUCGAUGUCAUUGUAUUAGAUUCUUCUCAAGGAAACUCUAUCUAUCAAAUAGAAAUGAUCAAACACAUCAAGAGUGGUUAUCCCAAUCUGCAAGUAAUUGCUGGUAAUGUAGUGACUGCUGCACAAGCUAAGAAUCUGAUUGAUGCAGGAGCUGAUGGAUUACGAGUGGGUAUGGGUAGUGGUUCUAUAUGUAUUACUCAGGAAGUGAUGGCAGUUGGUAGAGCUCAAGCUACUGCAGUCUACAAAGUGGCUGAAUAUGCUCGUCGGUUCGGAGUCCCGUGCAUCGCCGAUGGUGGAAUCCAGUCGGUUGGCCACAUAGUCAAAGCUCUGGCACUUGGCGCCUCAACAGUGAUGAUGGGUUCAAUGUUGGCUGGCACAUCGGAAGCUCCUGGCGACUACUUUUUCUCAGAUGGAGUUCGACUGAAGAAGUAUAGAGGCAUGGGAAGUCUGGAUGCUAUGAACCGGAAGGAUGCCAAGGGCUCUGCUAUGGAUAGAUAUUUUCAUAACGAAGCUGACAAACUGAAAGUUGCUCAAGGUGUGAGCGGCUCCAUUGUUGACAAGGGCUCAGUUUUGCAAUUUCUGCCUUACCUUCAGUGUGGACUUCAGCACAGUUGUCAAGACAUCGGCUCCCGUUGCUUGUCAAAUCUACGCUCAUCCAUGUAUUCAGGAGAAUUGAAAUUUGAAAAGCGAACUCAUUCCGCUCAAUCUGAGGGAGGAGUGCACAGUCUGUUUUCUUAUGAGAAAAGAUUGUAUUAGCAUUCAGUAAAUUUCCCCAACUGCUAAUCACAAUCAAUUCACCGCUUGUCGUGAGGCAGUAAGUUUUAUAAUAAAAAUUUUCCUUCCAUUUUCAAUACAAUUUUACUUUUGUUUAUCUUGACAAAAAUUAUAAAAUAGAUAUUUGAGAACAUUUAGAUGAGUUUUUUGACAUUCACAUACUCUUACUAAGCAGGCCCAUGAUGAUUCACUGUCACUUCUCAAAUAGUGGACUACAGUAGUUUUAACUCAAUCGUCAUUUUUUAGAUCCACAAUAAUUACUCAAGAUUAUCAUAUGGAUUAUCAACCUCUCAAUUAUAGCUUGGAUUUUGUGCAAUUGUCAAUAGCAUAAUAAAAUAAUUGUUGAUUGAAAGUGCC